GGCCCACUGUCAUCCAAACACACUGCCACUUCACUCCUUCCGGAUCACCUUCACCCCUGCCGCUCUGAGCGCGCCGGAGCUCCCCGCCUCCACCAGCCCGCCCGCGGGCCGCGGCUGCCGGAUCUCCCGCGGUAUGGCGAUUCGCCCACUCCACCGCUCCCCCCUAGCUUCCUUCCCUCCAUAGCGAGGCCGAGCUUGAACUCCGGCCACGGGCGCCCCGCCCGUCAUCUCAGAUCUGUGCCUGGCCGGCGUCACCGGGCCACCCACCGCCGGUCUUCUCCGGCCCUGACUGGCCGCGGGAGACCCCGAAACUGACCGCGUCCGGGUUGCGAAGCUGAGGCGAAGCAUUCGGUACCCGACGCGUGACGCGUGCUCGACGAAAUGUCGGGCCGCCGGAGCAAGAAAGCGUCGAGUGCGGACGGCGGCGACCGGAUCAGCGGCCUGCCGGACGAGGUCCUCCACCGCGUGCUGUCGCACCUGCCGGCGCCCGAGGCCGCGCGGACGAGCGUGCUAGCCAGGCGCUGGCGGGACCUCUGGAAGUCGAACCGUCGCCUGAGCGUCGUUUUUCCUUGGACGUCCAUGACUGUCAGCAGGACCGAGAGGCUCGCGAGGUUAAUAUCCCAGCACGGGCUCCGCCGCAGCCGCAGCCUCCGCCGGCCUCGGUUGAGUAUUGCACGCCUGCUGAGUGUCACUGGGGAUAGGACUGCGCUGGCUGUUGACAGGCUGAACAGGAUGGUGAACCGCCUGCUUCUGCUCCGCGACCCCGUGCCGCUCGAUGUCUGCAGCUUCAGCUUUGAUGGUUUUCCGCGUGUGGACGGUGCCGAAGUCGACGUCUGGAUCCGCCACGUGCUGUCCUGGCAAGUUCCGGUGCUCAUAGCCCGGCUUGGCACCAACGUUCACACGCAACUUGGGAACCAUUCUCUUGCCUCAGAGCACCUGAAGAGGCUAGAGCUUAGUGAGGUGAAGUUGAAAGGGAGUUUUCUUGAUUUCUCAUCAUGUACGGCGUUGGUGUAUCUGAGGAUGCAUGCUUGCAUUAUUGGUGUUGAGAAGAUCAUCUCCGAAUCACUCAUAAGCCUCAAAAUCACACACUGCAACUUCGACUUUGUUGCCGUAACGACUAUUUCUGUCCCAAGUCUUCUUUUUCUUGUCUUAGCUUAUUGUGAAGGUCAAACUCCUAUGCUUGAAGUCAUGCCACAGUUGAUAAACGCAUCGAUCAAGCUUGGAUGGUUUGAUGAGGAUCGGUGUGGUAAAGAUACCAACGAGGAUCACUGUGGUGAAGGUACUGAUGAGGUUCAUUAUGGUGAAGGUACCGAUGAGGAUUAUCAUAAGCUUUGCAGGAACUGCUGCGGUGUAUGUGCAAACUGUUGUGGUAAUGACAGCAACCGUGACUGUGUGCUUCUAGGGGGUUUGUCAAAUGUUAAAUGCUUAAGGUUGGAUCCUUCCUAUCAAAUGUUCACUAUCAAAAGGGAUUUGCAAUGCUGCCCCAAGUUUUUCAAUUUAAGGACUUUGGUACUUGAUAACUGGCGUUUGAACAUUGGCUUGGAAGCACUACUCUGUUUUCUUCAACACACACCACUCCUGGAGAAGCUUAUUAUUCAUGUGCCAAAGGAACGUGAUCAGUGCAAUAUCGUGGACAAUGAAUUUUGCAAUUUCAUUGAAAAAUACGUUCAUCUGCCAUAUCUUAGUGUUGUUGAAGUUAGAUACAGAAAGGAUGGUUACAAGAUUUGCCAUUGGGAACUUUUGAAAAUCUUGGAAGUCUCUGCAGAAAAUCUGAAGCAAUUCAAUAUCAUCAGAGAUUGAGAACCGUUGGAGUGUUGAAGUCUCGAGGAUGGUGGGACUGGUGGCAACUAUCCGGGGAGGUGUGUGGAUGAAGUUUGUGGCCUUGGUGUUUGUGUCACCAUGUUUUGUAGUUCUCAGAUGAACCUUUACCUGGUUUAAAUGGCCCCUCACCCCCCUUGCAAUUUGGUUCAUGUAUAGCUUUGCAAAGACUAGGGUACGUUACUCAAGUAUGUGGUCACCAAAUUUCUAAUGUUUGAAAUUUGAAGAACCAACUGUUAGGAUAUAUAAUGUUUGGUAUAUGGUGCUCAUAGCUUAGAAAAGGAUCUGUGAAGGCUUUUGCCCCUCAGCUCCAAGCACUUGACGAGGCUUCAUCUUAAUGAUGUGUUCUUAAAUCUUAAAGGACGAGUACCGUAGCUUCUCGA